UCAAAGAGUUAAAUACCUCAUAACAGCUGAUUACUCCCACAAAUGCAAUGCAUACACACAUACAUGUAUGUGCCUUUCAUUAUUGAUAGGGUGUAGUGACAGGAAAAAGUCUCUUACUGACAAUGGCAUCUAGAAUAUGUGACAGUGUUCUUGUGACUGGAUCAAAUCGUGGAAUUGGACUCGAGUUGGUUCGUCAGUUGGUUGAUUCAGCUUUACGUCCAAUCAAGAUAUUUGCUGGAUGUAGACACCCAAAUGAACCAAAGGCACAGGAACUCCAGGAACUAGCUCAGAAGCACCAGGAUGUGAUCACAGUUGUCCAACUUGAUAUUAAUGAUCCGGAUAGUAUUACAAAAGCCUUGAAGCUGGUGGAGGCCAAACUGAAGGACAAAGGCCUGAAUCUGAUUAUUAACAAUGCAGGUGUAAAUAUUAAAAGGUCAUUAGCAGACACAGGAAAAAGUGAGAUGGUUCAAGUGUUUUCGACUAACGUUGUAGGACCUAUGCUUGUCGCAAAGGAUUUUCACCCUCUCCUAUGCAAAGCUGCAAAUCAAUUUCCUCAUGAAACAAGCAUGUCUUGUAGUAGAUCAGCUAUCAUCAAUGUCUCCACAUACGUGUCUUCCAUCACCCUAUGCCCUACAAAUUUCUCCACCGCUCCUAUGUAUGCCUAUAGGGUUAGCAAGGCUGCACUGAACAUGUUAACACGCUGCUUGGCUGAGGAUUUUAAAAAGGAUGGCAUUCUAGUUAUGGCCCUACAUCCAGGAUGGGUCCAAACAGAGAUGGGAGGUUCAACGGCUCCCCUAACAACAGCUGAAAGUGUCAAAGGCAUGUUGAAAGUCACCACAAGCCUCACAGAGAAAGACAGUGGAACUCUUUUAGAUUGGAAAGGCGAAAGCAUCCCAUGGUGAUUACUCAAGAAUCAGAAGUUUGUAAUAUUACGGUGCAGAUUGUGCAAAGGCAUUUGCAGUCAUCUCAUUAUAGUGCAUGUUGCAUAUACUGUAUAUGAAAUAUCAUAAAAAUCUUUUGAAAACUU